CUAGACCAUAUUUUCCUAACCAAUGAAUUAUUCUUGUGAUAUAUUGCUUCUUCUUCUUCUAACAUCUUUUACGAUCUCUUUCGCGAAACAACACGUGUAUAUAGUUUAUUUGGCAGAACAUGAUGGCGAUAAAACUCUUGAAGAGAUUAAGGAUUUCCAUCACUCCUAUCUCCACUAUGUAAAAGGUUCGAGAAAAGAAGCUGAAUCUUCGCUCAUAUACAGCUACAUGCACAUUGUCCAUGGCUUCUCUGCCUUGCUCACAUCGAGUGAAGCAGCACAAUUAUCGGGAAUGGAAGGAGUUAUAUCAGUUCAUCGCGAUGACCUGAAAAGCUACCAGCUUCAGACAUCAAGAUCAUGGGACUUUAUCAACUUGUUCGAGGGAGGAGGAUUAGAACCCGGGAAUGACCUAAACGAGGAUUUGUUGCGCAAGGCCAAUUAUGGCAAAGAUAUAAUUGUCGGAGUCUUAGAUUCAGGUAUAUGGCCAGAAUCAGCAAGCUUUGAUGAUAGUGGAAUGGAACCUGUUCCAAAUUCAUGGAAAGGAAUAUGUCAAACUGGUGUUGCGUUUAACAGUUCUCAUUGCAAUAGGAAAAUAAUUGGUGCUCGAUACUACAUCAAAGGCUACGAGGCGAGCGGUCAAAGUUUUAACGAGACACAAGAUUAUAGAUCUGCCCGAGACAAAAACAGCCACGGCACCCACGUAGCCUCCACGGUUGGUGGUCGUAGAGUUCCCAAUGCCUCGGCACUAGGAGGUUUCGCUAAAGGAACAGUAUCGGGCGGUGCCCCUCUUGUUCGAUUGUCCAUAUACAAAGUGGUUUGGAUUAAUAAGGGAGUAAAAGGGACCACGACUGGUGUACACGCCGACGUUUUGGCUGCAAUCGAAGAUGCCAUAACCGACGGUGUUCAUGUUCUUAGCAUGUCAAUAAGUUUCUCAUCUACCUUUGAAGAUGCAAUUGGCAUAGGAGCUUUGAAAGCAUUAAAAAUGAAUAUUGUUAGCAUUGCCUCCGCCAGCAAUGCUGGGCCUAUCCCAUCAUCAGUCCGUAAUGUCGCUCCUUGGAUGCUAACCGUCGCUUCAAGUUCACUCGAUAGAGAAUUUCAGGCGCCUCUUGUGCUAGGAAAUGGACUCAAAAUUCAGGGACAAACUGCAACACCCUUUGAUGAUUUUGCAGAAAUGCAUCCAUUGAUUAUGGGAAUUGAUGCAGAAAUUAAUGGCACCACCAACAACACAAGAGGGUUAUGCCUCCCGGGUAGUCUUUCACCAAACCUUGUGAAAGGAAAGAUUGUAAUUUGUGAAGGAGACCGUUUCAAUAAUGAUUUGGGUGUUAAGAAAGCCGGUGGUGCAGGCAUCAUUCAAUUUAUAACCAUUCCUAACAUCACACAAACGUUACUUAGACCAUUAUUGUUGCCCGGUAUAACAAUUUCUCGAAACAACAUCGACCCUCUCAUCAAUUACAUUCGCACAACUACAAACCCUAUGGCAACCCUAUAUCGUGGCUCGACCAUAUUAGGCACAAAACCCGCACCCGAGAUGUCCAUAUUCAGCGGCCGAGGUCCCAACAGUUUUGAACCUAACAUUCUCAAGCCCGAUAUCACAGCACCCGGGUUAAACAUAUUGGCGGCAUGGAGCGAAGGAACUUCUCCAACAACCUUAGUGGACGAUCAUCGUGUAGUUAAGUAUAACCUUGCCUCCGGGACUUCUAUGUCGUGUCCUCAUGUUUCAGCAUUGGCCGUUCUUAUUAAAGCCAUUCAUCCUAGUUGGAGUAGCGCAGCCAUAAGAUCUGCCUUGAUGACUACGGCCGGACAAGAGAACAAUAUAGGAAAACCGAUAAGAGAUGCAAAUGGGAAGACGGCGACUCCAUUCGACUUGGGAUCCGGACAUGUCCGACCCUACAAAGCCAUGGACCCCGGCCUUGUAUACGAUGCCACUUACGAUGAUUAUCUUCUCUUUUUGUGUAGUAGUGGAUACGAUGAUCUAAGGAUUUUUGGAAUCACAAAAUUUAAGUGCCCUACAAAUACCACGCUUUCCCCAAGCAAUCUCAACUAUCCUUCCGUCGCUAUAUCUAAUAUUACUGGGAGUGUCACGGUCUUGAGAACCGUGACAAAUGUGGGUGACGAUGUAAGCGUGUACAACGUGACUGUGAAAGCCCCUUUGGGAUAUCGUGUUAAUAUCGCUCCAAAAACUUUGUCUUUUGGAGCGGUGGGAGAGAAAAAGAAGUUUGUUAUAACGGUUAAAAAAUAUGCGAACAAUGCGAGUGUGAAGGGAGAGUAUGUAUUUGGGUGGUAUGCAUGGAGUGAUGGUAUCCAUUUUGUAAGGAGUCCGAUUGUAGUAUCAUAGGCAUAAUAUCUAUGAAUUUAGAAUUUCGGAUUA